UAAGAAAAAAAGAAGAUGAUGAUCGUAAAAUCUUGAAAAAAAUAAUAAGAGAAUAAGAAGAAGGCAAGAAGUGGAAAAAAGUUAAAGUGAAAGAGAAGAAAAUAAGAAGAAUAAAAAAAUUGUUAAAACCAGAAUUUUGUAUGUAUGAUUCAUAACAAGUACAAAAUAUAAUAAGUGAAAUAAAAAAGUCUAUGAAAUGAAAUUUAAUUAAAUUAACAAAGAGCUUCUUGUGAAUUUAAAGUGUCUCGAUUUGUGUGCCUUUUGCAUCAUCAAUGAAUAUAAAACCACAUAGAAGAAAAAAAUGAGAUGAUUAAUUGAAGAAAUAUUUAAUGAAGUGAUGAAUAAAGAAGAAGCUUAUGUAUAAGUCAAUCACAAAAAAAAAAAUUAAGUGAAUGCAUGAGUAAUAAAUAAAAAUAAAUAAACAAUAAUUGAGAGCCAAAAAUGGGAACAUCUAAGAAUAUGGAAAAGUUCAUAUCAAUUAUUCUAUUUGUGUGCCUAUUAAGUGCUACAAUAGCUGAAAUAAGUAGUAGUGUUGACAAUCGAAAACCAAUCAUAAGAGAUUGUAAGUCAUAUGCACCGUCUAUUAAAGAAGAACAACCACAUAGCACAUAUGUGACUAGAAUUGACGCAUAUGAUCCGGAUAAACAGGAUCGAAUUGAUUUUGGAUUUAUUAUGCCAACAAGUGAAAGACCAAAAUUUAAAAUUGAUCCCGCAAGUGGAAUAAUUACGACAAAUCACAUUUUUGAUCGCGACGAGCCGGCUCGUGAAAAAGAAAUUUACUUAACCGUUCGUGUCACAGAUAAUGGAAGACCACCACUCGAAGAUAUUUGUACAUUCAAAGUCACAAUUGAGGAUAUAAAUGACAAUCCACCGGUAUUUGAUAAAAGCAAAUAUAGUGAGCCACUACCUGAAGAUAGACAGGUAAAAGAUCAAGUGAUGAGAAUUUCAGCAACUGAUCUCGACGACGGCGAAUUUUCAGUUGUGAGAUAUAAAUUACUGGAUAACAAGCCACAUGCAAAAUAUUUUCAUUUAGAUAAUAUUACUGGUGUGUUGACAUUGGCAAGACCAAUUGAUAAGAAACCGGGUCAGUGGUAUACGAUCAACGUACAAGCUUAUAAUAUUAAACCAGACGAGAAUCAACUGGCUGACACAGAAGUUAAAAUUGAGGUCAUAGAAUCAAGUAAAAAGGCGCCAACAUUUGUUGAUCCACCAAAUGAUCCAAUAAUUUUGAAAGAAAAUUUUAAUCAGUUCGAAAAGAAGUUGGUCACCUUAUCUGCGAAAUCAAAUGUUCCUGAAAAACCUGACUUAAUUUUUGAGCUUCUUACUGGUCGAACGGAACAAACAAACUCAAAGAAAACAUUCGUUUUGUAUCAAAAUGGUAACGAUGCCUCAAUUUUACUUGGAAAAGCUUUGGACUAUGAAGUGACGACUGAUUAUUCAUUAACAGUAAUUGUUAAAAAUUCUCAUAACAUUAUGAGUGAGCACAAUAUCAAAAUUAAGGUCGAAGAUGUAAAUGAUAAUAUUCCAUCGUUUGUGGAAGUCGAUACAGGAACUAUUCUUGAGAAUGAACCACCUGGCACACAGGUCAUGAUCGUUCGUGCAAUUGAUAAUGAUGCAACAUCGCCUUUCAAUGCAGUGACUUUUGAACUAGCCGAUAAUAAUGAAAUCUUUCAAAUUGAUCCAAUCACGGGUGUUGUUACAGCCAAGCAAAGUCUUGAUCGUGAAAGUCAAGAGUUCUAUAAUGUGAAAAUUGCAGCUACUGAUGGAGCACCUUCUGCACUUUUUACAACAGGCAAGCCAAACUCAGCUGCACAAGUCUUUCGAAUUGAGGUUGCAGAUAAAAAUGAUCACCCGCCUCAAUUUAAACAAGAUGAAUAUCUCGCGGAUCGUAUACCCGAAGAUUCAAAUAAAAAUGCUUUAGUCAUCGAAGUAACUGCCAUAGAUCCCGAUACAGCUUCAAAUAUUGAAUACUCAAUAGAAAGUGGAAAUAUUGAUGACUCAUUUGAGAUUGAUAAAACAGGACGAAUAACAAUUAGACAUAGUCUUGAUUAUGAAAAAAUUACAGAAUACUCAUUGAAGAUCAAAGCUUUUGACGGAAUUUAUAGUGAUUUUGCAACAGUUAAAAUUACUGUGGCAAAUGUUAAUGAUUGCCCACCAGUAUUUAUUGAAGAAGAAUAUCGAUCGAAAAUUGAUGAAGAAAAAAUUCAUCCAGACUGUAUUUUCAUUAUGAAUGCAUACGAUCCGGAUAUUAAAGAUCGUAAUUUAGAUCAGCACAUAAGAUACGAAAUUUCCAAGAAAGAGCAACGUGACCUCCUUACGAUCGAUGCAUAUGGUUGCUUGAGAAAUAUUAAGCCUCUUGAUCGUGACAAGCCAAAUGGACAUAAAGAAUGGCAAAUUCUAGUAACAGCUACUGACGAGGAUGGUCAAGGAUUGUCUCAAACACAGACAGUUAUCAUUAUUCUCAACGACAUUAACGACAAUGCACCAUUUUUAAGUAUGAAUAUGCCAAUUGUUUGGCCUGAAAAUCAUGAACCUGGAAUUAUUACUUCUCUUUUGGCUGAUGAUUAUGACGAGAAAGAAACAAAUGGAUAUCGUUAUGAGUUUGAGCUAUGGGAACAUGCUAGUAAUGAUAUCAAGAACAAAUUUAGCAUAGAAAAUAGUGAUCAGCUAGUGGCUCUUGCAUCAUUCGAUCGCGAAGCACAAAAAGAAUAUUUUAUACCAAUUAAUAUUAGUGAUGGAGGUGAACCAAGAAUGUCCAAUGUCAGCUACUUGCACUUGAUUAUUGGUGAUGUGAAUGACAAUGAGAUGAAGGAAGGUUCAAGCUCAAUAUUUGUAUAUAAUUAUAAAGGAGAAGCACCGGAUACAGAAAUUGGUCGUGUAUAUGUCGAUGAUCCAGAUGACUGGGAUUUACCUGAUAAAAACUUUUUUUGGCAAGAUGGUAAAGUUGAUGAACACUUUUCACUUGACGAAAAUACUGGAAUGAUAACCAUGAUUGAAAACACUGGAGAAGGAAUUUACAGUUUGGAAUUUAGGGUCGUAGAAACUAUGCCUUAUGGCACUCGUCAUGAUGUGACAGCAUAUGUACAAGUAACAGUAAAAGAAAUUCCAGAAGAGGCUGUUGACAAGAGCGGAUCGAUUCGAUUUGUUGACAUUUCAGCAGAAAAGUUUGUCGACGAUGGAAACUCAAUUAGUCCCAAAGAAAAAUUGCAAGAUUUUAUUAUGGAGCUAUUUAAUGUUAGCCGAGAAAAUGUAGAUAUAUUUACAGUUCUAAAAAAUGAUCGUGAUUCAGCAAUAUUGGAUGUACGAUUCUCAGCUCAUGGCAGUCCAUACUAUGAACCGGAAAAGCUGAAUGGAAAAAUUUUACAACACAAAAAUAAAUUGGAAGAGAAACUGGGAUCUAAAGUCAUGAUGAUAAACAUUGAUGAAUGUCUCAUUGAAAAAGCAAAAUGUGAAUCAUCGUGCAUGAAUGUAUUGGAAAAGUCAAACAUUCCAUUGUCUGUGUACACAAAUCGUACCUCAUUUGUUGGAGUUAAUGCAUUUGUACGAACUGAAUGCAAAUGUUUUGAGCCGAAGCACGGAGAACCGGUCUGCUAUAAUGGAGGAACUUCAUUCGCAAAUACAUGUGAAUGUCCGAAAGGUUUCGAGGGACCAAACUGUCAGCAAAUUACUGUUGGAUUUUCUGGAAAUAGUUGGGCUCUCUAUCCACCAAUUGACCCAUGCGACUCGACAAAAAUAUCACUCGAAUUGAAACCCGAAAACGAAAAUGGAUUAGUUUUGUACGUAGGUCCAAUGAGUUAUAUGGAUCGACUCCCAAUCUCAGACUUUUUAGCAUUAGAAUUAGUUGAUGGAUACCCUGUACUUAUUGUCGAUUACGGUACCGGUGCAGUUAGAAUUCAUCAUAAUUAUACAAAAUUAGAAACCGGACGUUUCCAUGUUGUCGACAUUCUUUUGACUAAAACAAGUGCCGAAAUGACAGUAGAUAAUUGUAAACUUAGUGACUGUAUGAGUUUGCGUGCCCCACAAGGCAAAAAUGAAUUCCUCAACGUAAAUGCUCCAAUCCAUCUUGGAGGAUCGAGUGUUAAUCUUGACGUAUUACGAUCAGCUUAUAAUUGGACAUAUGCGCCAACAAUGCGAGGCUAUAUUGGAUGCAUUAAAAAUCUUACAAUUAAUGAUUUUACAUAUAAUCUCGGACAGCCUAGUCUGGCACAAAAUGUAGAUCCGGGAUGUGAAAGAUCCCUAGCAGCCGCUGUUACAUUUGGUGUAGCUAGUAACUUUAUCUAUGCACUCAUCGGAUGCAUCCUACUUCUCAUCAUUUUAAUUCUUGCCGUUGUAGUACAUAAAAAGUCUUAUGAUGGCUGGCAUGAAAAAGAUAUGGAUGAUAUUCGAGAAACAAUUAUUAAUUAUGAAGAUGAAGGUGGCGGGGAAAGAGAUACAGAUUAUGACUUAAAUGUUUUACGUGGACCACCAAUUUAUGAAGAUAAAUUGUAUAAAGACUUAAGACAGAAAGAAGCGCAUGAAGUUCCAGAUAUUGGAGCAUUUUUAAUAGAUAAGAAAGAUGCAUGUGACAAAGACAAUGAUGCAUAUCCAGUCGAUGAUGUAAGACAUUACGCUUAUGAAGGUGACGGAAAUAGCUCCGGAUCACUUUCAAGUUUAGCUUCAUGUACCGAUGAUGGAGAUCUCAAAUUUAAUUACUUAUCAAAUUUCGGACCAAGAUUCCGUAAACUAGCCGAUAUGUAUGGUGAAGAGCCAUCCGAUACAGACUCAAACGUUGAUGCUGAUGAAGGAUGGAGAAUUUGAAGAUCGAAUUUUUUUAAAAUAAGAAAAGAAUGUAGGAGAAAAUUUCUUUAACUGAAGCUGUGAAUUUAAUUUUUUUGUUAUAAGACAUGUCUGGAUGGAGUGUUGUAUAGAGGUUUAAUGUUUCACGACUAUUUUCUACUAUAAUAACAAGUCAAUAAAAUUGAAGAUCGUCGAUCCUCGCAUCCAAUAUAUAUUAUUAUUGUUAAUAAUAUUCAUCAUCUACGCAUUUAAUUGAAGCAUUGAACCUCAUCUUCUGUGCGUCUUAAGUCGUUGAUCAUCAAGAAUGAUGCAUAAAAGUGUGAGAUUGAACAUUAAUGUAAAAUAAUUCCAAUAAUCAUCGUGAAAGUUAAAUAAAAAAUUCAAAAGUGUGGAUGUUGGAGUCAUUGAUGACGUCACUAGAUAUGUAAGAUAAUUCAAUCAUCUAUUUUCUACUGGAAUUUAUAGCUAGU